GUGUAUAUCAGCUGGUUGAAUAUCUAGACACAAAACAUACGUGAACAUAAUUCUGUUUUUUUGGGUUGAUUCACUAAGUCUUUAGGAUGGUUGGUCCUAAAAGACGGAAGAACGGAGCUAUUAUUUCUAAACUUCUACAGUUAUUCUUACUUGGAAUGAUCCACAGUCAUGCUGAAGCAUCAUUGUCGGCACAGGAAUGCGCAGAUCUUGGGUUUAGCUCCGAGUUAAUGUGUGGCUCGUGUAGUUUGUUGCCCAAGUUUAACCUUACAAUGCUGGAAGAUGAUUGUAAAAAGUGUUGCCAGUCAGAAGUGGAAGAAGAUACUGCAAAGCGUUUUCAUUCUGCCAUUCUUGAAGUGUGUGGGUGAAAGAUUGGACGCUACCCCCAAGUCCAAGCUUUCGUCAAGGGAGAGAAAUCCAGAGCUUUCUCCAAUUUGAAAAUUAAGUACGUUCGUGGAGCAGACCCAGUUAUUAAACUACUAAACGAGGAUGAACAAGUCCAAGACACACUCAGCAUCACAAAGUGGAAUACUGACAGUGUAGAAGAAUUCUUGAACGAAAAAUUAAUCAGAGUUUAAAUAGAAGAAUGUAACUGUAUCACAUUUCAUUAUUUAGUUAAAACGCUUUGGACUCUACAUUGAGAUUCAAUCAUGUUUCGCAGUUUUGUUUUUGUAAAAUAUUUGUUUCCUUAUUUUUCUUGUAUAUUUGUUUUCAUAAUCAGUUGAUUUGACCUUUAGUAACCUUUGGGGGAAGGUGAAAGGUCAUAUGUUUCCGGGGUCAUGACCCCUUGAUGCCAAACUUAUGAAGGAACUUCGUUAAACCUCGACAAGGAUCAAAGUUUCCGAUGUUAUUGGUGUUUGACAACGAAACUCAACUGUGUUAAUAAAACAAACUCAAGAAACUU